CAUUACAAAAAGUAGCUGAGGAAGUUCUGGAUAAUUACUGUGGAAAGUACUGGCAUUAUCUAAUUGUCAUUGUUUCGAUGUUUAGGUCUUACAUAAAGUAGUUUCUUAAGUCCCUGACCUGUGUUGGCUGGUUGGUUUAAAGCCUGGAGCAGGACAUCAUGAAGCUAGAGGUGCCAGAAAGCUUUGAUGAUGUAGCUGUUGAGUUCUCACGAGAGGAGUGGGAGCUGCUGAGUAAACAGGAAAAAGAGCUCCACAGAGAAGUGAUGGUACAGAACUUUCAGAACAUGAUUUCUUUGGGGUAUAACAUUCCAUUGGAGCACCUUUGUUUACUUCUUGUGAAAGAUAAGUCAUUUCCAUCUGGGGACACUGAAGGAAGAAUCACAGUACAGCAAGGAAGGCUCUGUGAUGACAGUAUCAGAAUCAACAGGAAUACAGAUUUCAGUAAGAUUUACAAUCUGCUGUUAUCACAUGGAAAAUACUGCAAUGACAAAAGAGAUGAAACUUUUCCAGAUAAGUCAUCAGGCACAUUGUUUAACCAACUGCAUACUGGAAGUAGACAUCAUAAUGUCCUAGAAAUGAAUGAAGAGCCUAAUGAGAAAAGUGAACUAAAAAUGAAAACAGUCAAAAGAGGACGUCCAGGCAUGUGUCCUAAUUAUACCAAGAGUCCUGAACUCAGUAGCAACAACUUAAAUGAUCUGUCAAUUUCCAAUGGGAGAAAAGAAUCUAACUCAUUAGUGAUGCAUGACCAGAGAUUCAGUCAGAAGAAACUGAACCAGCAAGCCAUGGAUGACAUGGAAUUUACAUGUAAAGUACGUCAGACUGUUCAUACUGAACAGAAACAUUUUAGGUGUAACACACGUGCCAAAAGUUUUGCAUGGAAGUCUAGCUUGGAAAAACACCAAUCGGUCCACAAUGGGCAAAGGCUUAAUAAAUAUAAGAAACAUUCAGGCAUGAAUAAAAGUCUCCAGAAUGGAGGAAAAAUUUCUAAAUGUACUAGACGUGACAAGAAUUUUACACAGGAUAAAAGAGGUAAAUAUCAGUCAGUGCACACUAAGGAAAAGCUGUAUAAAUGUGCCAUGUGUGACAGGAGGUUUGCCCAAAAGGGAAGCAUGAUAAAGCAUCAGUGUAGUCACAGUGAUCCAAAACCUUAUACGUGCAGUAUGUGUAACAAGAGUUUUAAAUACAAGAGCUUUAUGCUUAAUCAUCAGAGUAUCCACAUGGGACAGAAGCCCUUUAAAUGUGCCAUAUGUGGCAAGGGUUUUACAGAUAGGAGAGGUUUGACAGCACAUCAAAGUAUUCACACGGGGCAGAAACCAUAUCAGUGCGCCACAUGUGACAAGAGUUUUAUACAUAAGAGAAGCAUGGAAAUGCAUCAGAGUGUACACACUGGGCAGAAACUCUAUAAAUGUGCCACAUGUGACAAAAGUUUUACAUGGAAGGGUCACCUAUUAAAGCAUCAGUACACACACACUGGACAGAAGCCCUACAAGUGCCCAAUGUGUGACAAGAGUUUUACACAGAAAUAUAGUAUGAUAAGUCAUCAGCUCAUCCAUACUGGUGAUAAACCUUUUAAAUGUGCCUUAUGUGACAAGGGUUUUACAGAUAAAAGAGGUUUGAAGGUCCACCAGAGUAUGCAUACUGGACAGAAGCCCUAUCAGUGUAAAACAUGUGGAAAGGGAUUUACAGAAAACAAAAGUCUGAAAACACAUCAAUAUAUACAUACUGGGCAGAACCCCUAUAAAUGUAACAUAUGUGAUAAGGGUUUUAGAUACAGAAAUGCAAUGCUAACUCAUCAGAGUUCCCACGAUGUGCAGAAACUAUACAAAUGCACCACGUGUGACAAGGGUUUUAGAAACAGGAGAUGUCUGGCAGCACACCAGAAUGUCCAUACUGGACGAAAACCCUAUAAGUGUAGUAUGUGUGACAGAAGUUUUGCACAGAAGGGUAACAUGUUAAGUCAUCAGACUAUCCACACUGGUCAAAAGCCCCAUAAGUGCACCAUGUGUGACAAGAGUUUUAGAUUGAAACGGACUCUCAUAAAUCAUCAGUAUAUCCACAUUGGGAAGACCCCCUUUAAAUGUUCCACAUGUGGCCAGGGAUUCAGAGAUAAGAGAAGUCUGACUGCACAUCAAAGUUACCACACUGGUGAAAAACCUUAUCAUUGUUCCGUGUGCUUCAAACGUUUUAUACAUAAGAGAAGUCUUGUAAAACAUCAGAAUGUCCAUAGUAUGCAGAAUGUGGAACCAGUAAGUGGAAUCAUUGUAACAUUGCAGGCAUUAGCAGUAUAUGCUGUUGUACAGCAAAGUGAAUAAACUAUUUUAAGGGGAGAAAACUAGCUCAGCAAUAUUGAGAAAUGUAAAGAAAAACACAAACUUAGUUCAUCGAUGACCCAAAAAAUCAUUAUAGUGAACUAGAAAAAAAAUAGUAACAUCACCCAAAGCACAAGACAUCUGUACAUUUUGAUUAAAAACAUGAGUGAGCCCCACUGAGGAUAACUAAAAUGCUAAAUUUGUGAUCUUUAAUAUAACAGAUUAGAGUAAAUAAUGCCUAGAUAAAGAAACAUUAGGCAUUUGGAAAAAAAAAACUGCAACCAAUGAAGUGCUUUAGGAAAAGGAACAGAACUCAGAGGCUAUCAAAAUUCAUAAAAAAAGCAAAGAGAGAGACAGCGUGAGAAAGAAAAGAGUUCUGGUAUGGUGCAAUAUAUGUGCAGAGCAGUAUGACCUCUGCAGUGGAAUGUUUUGAGAAGCAGUGCGUUUAGUGAUGUGGAAAAGAAACAUUGAAAUUAAUCUGAUAGACCAGUUGUGAAGUUAAGGGCUUCAUGUGGAGGCUGUAAUGCAGUAGUAUCACAGCAUGAGGGUGGUAUAACAAACAGACUGGGACACUUGGAGAAGUGCUACCCAAAUUGAAAUUUUCUUCUGUAAAAGAUAUGGUUAAAAGUCCAACUAGAAUUGCUCAGCAGGGGAACUAACAGGUAAUGGAGUAAAGAAAGCACUCUCAGUAAAGAAAAAAAUGAUACAAGGGAUGUCCUGUUUCAUUUAGUAGAAAUGGACAAAUACAUUAAGAUAGAUGAGGGAAAGACUACAGAAAAUGAACCAGACCCAAAGUGUUAGAUUACUGAUAAAGCAGAGGAGCACAGCAGUUGGAACUGUUAGGACAGAGACCUGCGAUAUACCAGAAAAAUAUAAUAUUCUACUGUGCAGCUAAACUAUUAACUGAUAAAGUGUUACCACAAAAACAGAGAGUAACAAAGGGAAAGAAAGGAAGAAGAAACAAUACUACCACAGAAGCACUGACCCAAGAGAACUGUAAACCCACUGAGACAAGAAGUAUCAGUAUUAGAAGAAUCUAGAAACGGGAACUGGUCAUUAAAAACUCACAGAGUAAUAGAUGUAAUAAAAGCAACACACAAUAUCAAAAUCGGUCGGGAUUGCUGUUGCGUCAUCUCCAGUAAUAAAUCAUAAAUAUCAGCAUAAGCAAGCAGAAACAAUACAAGGCAUGCAGAAAACAUAUAAAAUAAAAAAAAUAAAAUAUAAGAAAAAAACUAGCAAUUUGUUAUUGAUCUAAAAGGUUUUAUAGAGAAUUGGGAAAUAGGACAACAGCAGUAGUAUGUUGUUGUUGUUGGAGAGAUGCGUGAAUGGGCGUACCCCUUCGUUGAAGGUUGUGC